AUGUCCCUGAUGGGGAUCAUUAGUAUACAAGAGGGCUUCAGAAAGUUCCCGGAUGUCAAGUCAGAAACUGAACUCACCCUUGUCAAUAUCGAAAUUGUCCUUGGUUAUUCUUGGGGGAUAAACUGCUUGUUCUGUGUCGCCUCAUUUUAGGUCAUCAAGUGCAAGGCCGCGGUAGCCUGGGAAGCUGGAAAACCCCUCUCCAUAGAAGAGGUAGAGGUGGCACCCCCAAAGGCUCAUGAAGUCCGGAUUAAGAUUAUUGCCACUGCAGUUUGCCACACUGAUGCCUACACUCUGAGCGGGGCUGACCCUGAGGGGUGUUUCCCAGUGAUCCUGGGACAUGAAGGAGCUGGAGUUGUGGAGAGUGUUGGCGAAGGAGUUACGAAACUGAAAGCUGGUGACACUGUCAUUCCACUGUACAUCCCACAGUGCGGAGAAUGCAAAUUUUGUCUCAAUCCGAAGACAAACCUUUGCCAGAAGAUCAGAGUCACUCAAGGGAAAGGACUGAUGCCGGACGGUACUAGCAGGUUUACCUGCAAAGGAAAGCCCGUAUUCCAUUUCAUGGGAACCAGCACCUUUUCGGAAUACACAGUCGUAGCUGAUAUCUCUGUUGCUAAAAUAGACCCUGCAGCACCCCUGGAUAAAGUCUGCCUGCUGGGUUGUGGCAUCUCAACCGGUUAUGGUGCUGCCGUGAACACUGCCAAGGUGGAACCUGGCUCUACUUGCGCCAUCUUUGGCCUGGGAGGAGUUGGAUUGGCAACUAUCAUGGGCUGUAAGGUGGCUGGUGCCUCCCGGAUCAUUGGUAUCGACAUCAAUAAAGAUAAAUUCUCAAAGGCCAAAGAGUUUGGGGCCUCUGAGUGUAUUACCCCACAGGACUUCAGUAAGCCCAUCCAGGAGGUGCUUGUGGAGAUGACAGAUGGAGGGGUGGACUACUCCUUUGAGUGCAUUGGUAAUGUGAAGGUCAUGGUAAGUGUUCUGGGCUAAAUCCCUUUCUUCCUGGUACUGCUUGAUUUGGGUUAAGAUUCAAUAAAGUUUGUUUCUUAAAUGAGAGGCUGAUUCUACUCUAAUGAAGAUGAGAGGACUUAACUAUUCCAG